AAUAACUUCUCAGGGCAUCGACGUCUUACUGCCCAACCAUUGUCUUUCCCCUGGAUUGGCAGAGGUGGCUAUGACAAGGUGUAUAGUUAAGCGCCCGUCGGAACCCACCUGGUCGCCAUGAUCAUACGGCGCUUAGCGACGUAUCGACCAGCGCUUCUGCCACCAUCCCGCAACCUCCAACAACGGAGUCAGCAAUACAUCGGCAUUCACAAUGGAGCAAAGGCUCGCGUUCCGCCCGCUCCUUCGUUUCGGGAAGCUCCACAUCCCGGGUCGGCACUACUGAGUUCGGAUGCCAUGGCUGUGGCCGUGAAGGGCAACAUCGGUGUCCCUAAUGAAGUCAAGUACUUUAGGCCUCAAAACCCCGACGAAUUCCUGGUGGAAAUCAAAGUCUGCAAGCGGCACACAUUCUCGCCCUUGCACAUGAAGUAUCUCGAAAAGAGAGGCCACGCUCUGGCAGAUAUGUUCCUCUCCCUCUACUCGGCCAAACGAGAGCCCCUAUGGUGGCUCUCUUUGGCCACCAUGGACGGGAGCAAGGCCAUCGUACGCAGAAAAGCAAUCGCCCGGGCCAAGAAUGCAUUCAAGGUGGCACUCUCUCAGAACGGCUAUGACAGAUUCGGACGGAGGCUUGCGGUGGAGAGGAAGACCGACGACUCUGGGUCGGCAGGGGCGGCGGGCGUUUCCGAUGACGGAGGUGCCAAGGCUAUGGAGCUCUAUGGGACUGUGGUAUUCAGGGUCAAGGAUUGCCGGGGCUUCAUGAAGCUGGAAUUGUCGACGGUAGUGGGAUACUUCAGCGAAUUUGUCCAACGUAUUAAACCGCUGCUUGGGCAGAAAGGCUCAGAGCAGGAUGGCCCACGGGAUUUUCGCUGGUAGGGGACAGCGGCGUAAUAAGGCUUCAUAUGAGGACCUGUUGUAUAUGGCUAGAAUUGAUACCCCCUAUGAAAUCGUGUAAAUCAUACCACAUACUUUACUUUAUGGACCAAUUUUUGAG